UACUGUCAUCCCUUAUUCAGAUCGUUUUGUGCCAUUAAUACUCUGUAGAUCGUUUGUCUUACACUAGGAGGGUUUGAAAUGGGUAACUUUAAAAUGCUUCCAGUAGAUAUCAUCUCCAACAUCUUAACACGUUUACCAACAGAAUCAGUCCUAGACUGCAAGUUAGUCUCUAAAUCAUGGAAUAAAGUCAUCAGUCGUCAACAAUUUUCUCAAUCUCACCUGAAUCGUUGCCUUAAAGAUCUUGAUUCUGCUCGUGGUUCUUCUGGUGGUAAGUUUACUUUCCUUUUGGCGAAUGACAAUCCAAUCUAUGCAUACAGACUGUUUCAUUAUCUAGAAUUUAAUGAUGCUGAUAAUUCGUCUUCAGAGGAACAACCUUGCCAUAGAAUUACAAGAAUGAAACUAAACCCUGCUCCGUUUAAGUUUUACACUAUUACUGGUUCUUGCAAUGGUUUAGUUUGUCUGGAUGGAUGCCAUGAUAAUGACUGGGUCAACUAUGAACCUAUUUAUAUAUGUAAUCCCAUCACUAGAGAAUGUGUUUUCCUGCCAGAAUUUAAGAGAACACCUGGUCCUAGUCAACAAUUGGUGUCUGGAUUUGGUUAUGUUUCUUCAUCUAAUGAGUACAAGGUUGUGAGAUUGUAUAAACUGUGGAAAGAACCCAAUUGUGUACAUGUUGAGGUGUACACACUUGGAAGUGGUAAGGGAUGGAGGAACACAGGGAAGAAAUUCAGCAAAGACCUGGAUUUGUUCAUUAAUACCGGUGGUGAGCUUGUGAAUGAAUCUCUUUAUUGGAAGCUUAACAAUGGUGAAAUUGUUGCUUUUGAUUUGGCUACUGAAGAAUUUGCGGAAAUACCUACAGCUUUUCCCACUGAUUGGAAAUUUUCACUUGGGGUUUUGGGGGGUUAUUUAUCGGCUGACCACUACGAUAAAGAUAAGAAAACUUCUGAUAUAUUUCUAUUGAAGAAGAAUGAAGAUGGGUCAUUGGGUUGGAUUAAAGAGUUCAGUAUAAGCAACACAGAUACACAAGAAAUUGUCAUAGAUCCGCUUGUCCUCACGAAUAGGGGUACAGUUCUAUGUCGCUCAGAGACAAAGGUCCUAAUUCAUGACCUAAAUUCUUCAUCUUCAAAAGUGCUUGUGGAUUUUGGUAAGGAUAAAGCUAUAUUUCAAGCAAUCCCGCAUAUGAACACCUUGGUUUCGUUGAAAGCAUUAGGAGAAGAAAAUACAAAAACAAUGGAAACGGUUGGCGUACCACUACCAGAAGAGGUGAACUUUGAAAACCCAUGGGAGGAAAUGUUUUAUCAAAAGCGUGUGCAGGAUGGGGCCGAUAAGUUUUAUCAAUCGUGUAGGCAGCAGUAGGAAGGAAUGUAUCUGCCAGUGCCCACAUUUAAUCUGUCUCUGUCUGGAUCCAGCCUAAGCAGAUCUGAACAUGGCACACGACUUCCAUUUGUUGUCAGAGACUCCACCACAUCCUUGGUCCCUUAAGGAAGAUAAUUGCUUUUUCAUAUAUCCGGUUCUGCAU